GAAAAUAAAAAUAAAGAAAUAAAAAAGAAAGACUCACUAGCUAGCUAAUGUCUACUUGAAUUCUUGAGAGAGAAGAGAAGAAAAAGGCGAAAAAAAAGGGAAAAUAAAAUAGGCAGUCUAUAAUUCCAAUUCAGUCAAAUAUAAAAUUGCAGUAACCCCAUCAUUUUCAUCAUCCCAAAACGCUGUUUCUUUUCCGUUUGUUUGUUUUUUUUGCAUAUUUUUGGGGGUGAAUUCCGAUAUUCUUGAAAACGAGUAUGUAGGUGUAGAAGAGAUUUGAGCUAUAAAGAUUUGAGUUUUUGGUGGUUUUCUUUUUAUGGGAGUGUAAAUGGGUUCACUUGAAACUGGGCUGGCAUUGAAGAGGGAUCAUAAUUUGCAGCGCUCUUCAUCUGUCAGGAGCUCUAGCAGCAGUAAUAGCAUUGGAUUAUCGGGGCAAAGAAGCAGAUCAAGAUUUGCGAGAGCUGUCCUUUUCAAGAAGAUUGAUUACCUGCAGUUGAUUAGUGCGGUUGCUGUUUUCUUCUUCUUCGUCUUCUUCUUCCAGAUUUUCUUCUUGCCGGGCUCGGUGAUUGAAGAUGGGAAUAAAUCUGGGAAAGCCCACGAUUUGUUUGGGGUGGUUAAUUCUGAGGAUUUGUCGUUCCUGAAGGAGUUGGAUUUUGGUGAAGAUUUGGAUUUUGAGCCUAUGAGAAUCGUUGAGAAGUUUCGGAGGGAAGGUGGUGUUGCGAGUGAGGGUAAAUUUGUGAGAUUUGGAUACAGAAAACCGAAGAUUGCUUUGGUUUUUGCUGAUCUAUGGGUUGAUCAACAUCAAAUACUAAUGGCUACUGUUGCUACUGCUUUGCUGGAGAUUGGAUAUGAAAUUGAGGUUUUCACUCUGGAAAAUGGUCCAGCACAUGCCAUUUGGAGAAAUCUAAGUGUUACCGUCAAUGCAGCCGACAAGGAUAUGAAAUUUGCUGUAGAUUGGCUGAACUACAAUGCUGUUCUUGUGAAUUCUCUUAAUGCUGCAGGAUUCUUAUCUUGUCUUAUGCAGGAACCUUUCAAAACUGUUCCUGUUGUAUGGACUAUCCACGAACAGACACUAGCGGACCGAUUAAGACAAUAUGUUUCAAAUGGCCAAAGUGAGCUGAUUGAUAUGUGGAGAAAAUACUUCAGCCGUGCCACCGUUGUUGUCUUCCCAAACUAUAUUUUGCCGAUCGCGUAUUCUGUGUGCGAUCCUGGAAAUUACUUCGUCAUCCCGGGCUCCCCUGAAGAAGCUUGGAAAGCCGAUAAGCAAAUGGCUUUAGUAAGUGAGAAUAUACCCCUGAGUACGGAGUAUGGACCAGAUGAUUUUGUUGUUGCAGUUGUGGGAAGUCAACUAUCACAUAGAGGAUUGUGGCUCGAGCAUGCCUUUGUGUUAAAGGCUUUGCACCCGCUAUAUAUGGGCUUCGGCGAUUCACGUUCUCGUCUUAAAAUCAUAAUCUCGGCUGGCGACUCUGCUAGCAACUACAGUAGUAUUGUGGAGACCAUUGCCCUAAAAUUUGGAUAUCCAAAGGAUACGGUGAAGCAUGUUGCUAUGGACCAAAACAUCGACACUGUGAUAAGUACAGCUGAUCUCGUAGUAUAUGGAUCCUUCCUUGAAGAGCAUUCUUUUCCUGGUGUUUUGCUGAAAGCUAUGUGUUUCGAGAAACCUAUAGUAGCUCCAGAUCUACCCGCGACAAGGAAAUAUGUUAGUGACAAGGUAAACGGCUACCUUUUCCCAAAGGAUGAUAUGAGGGCUCUGACAUGGGUCUUGUUGCAAAUGGUCUCAAAUGGUAAACUCUCACUUGUAGCUCGGAAUGCUGCAUCAAUUGGAAAACAUACGGCUAAAAACUUAAUGGUAUCGGAAAGCGUGGAUGGAUAUUCUUCACUAUUGGAAAACAUCCUCACACUCCCAUCUGAAGUAGCUCUUCCCCUGGCUGCCAAAAGCAUUCCCAACAAACUGAAAACUCAGUGGCGAUGGAAUCUUUUUGAAGCUAUUGCAGAUACCCAUUCCCCUAGCAAAGAUGGCAUGGAAUCGGUAGACAAGAUCGAGAAGCUAUUUAAUCAUACCAACGGAGAGAAUUCUGUGGCUUUGAUUUCACCAAAUGAAACUUUUUUGUAUUCCAUAUGGGAAGAGCAAAAGUACACGGAUAUUGCUUACAUGAGAAAGAAAAGGGAGGAUGAAGAGUUGAAGGAUAGAACAGAUCAGCCUCGAGGAACAUGGGAUGAAAUAUAUCGAAGUGCCAGGAGGACUGAUCGUACGUUGCACGAAAGAGACGAAGGAGAACUUGAAAGGACUGGCCAACCGCUAUGUAUUUACGAACCUUACUUUGGAGUAGGAACCUGGCCCUUCUUGCACCGCAAUUCGUUAUAUAGAGGGCUUGGGCUGUCCACGAGAGGUAGAAGACCUGGAGCUGAUGAUGUUGAUGCCCCUUCUCGUCUCCCUUUGUUGAAUAAUGCCUACUAUCGAGAUGUCUUGGGAGAAUAUGGAGCCUUUUUCGCGAUUGCUAAUCGGAUUGACCGCAUCCACAAAAAUGCUUGGAUAGGAUUUCAGUCCUGGAGAGCUACAGCACGCAUGGUAUCUCUGUCCAAGACUGCUGAAAGAUCGUUGUUGGGCGCUGUAGAAGCACGAAGACAUGGGGACACUUUGUACUUCUGGGCCCGGCUCGACAAGGACCCAAGAAACCCGUUAAAACAGGAUUUCUGGUCAUUCUGCAAUGCAAUAAAUGCCGGGAAUUGCCAGUUUGUGUUCUCGGAGGCUCUGAAACAGAUGUACGGAAUAAAACAUAACUUGAGUUCUUUGCCGGCUAUGCCUUCGAACGAGGGCACUUGGUCUGUCAUGCAUUCCUGGGCUCUUCCUACUAAGUCCUUCUUGGAGUUCGUCAUGUUUUCAAGAAUCUUCGUGGAUGCACUCGAUGCUCAAUUUUACGAGGAUCACCAGAAAACCGGGCUCUGUUGUCUUGGCAUAUCGAAGGACAAGCAUUGCUACUCUCGUCUGCUCGAACUGCUGGUAAACGUUUGGGCAUACCAUAGUGCAAGAAGAAUGGUUUAUGUCGACCCAGAGACGGGUUUUAUGCAAGAACAACACGGGCUGAAAGGCCGGAGAGGUCGGAUGUGGAUCAAGUGGUUUCAGUUCUCCACUCUCAAAGCUAUAGAUGAGGACUUAGCCGAGGAAUCUGACACGGAUCACUUGAAAAGACGACGGCUAUGGCCAUCAACGGGUGAAGUAAUAUGGCAAGGUACAUAUGAGAAGGAGAGGAAUAUGAAGAAUAGAGAGAAGGAGAAGAGGAGGCAGCAGAGUAAAGAUAAGAUUCAACGGAUACGGAGACGAACUCAUCAGAAGGUGAUCGGGAAGUAUGUGAAGCCCGCAGUGGAGGAGGCCACGAACACGACGGUUCUUGCUUUGAGGUAGCACUGAUAUUUUCAUAGUAAUUCUCCUAAUUCUUUUGGGUAGCCAUUGUUUCUAUUCUUUUAGGAUUUUUAAGAUUUGUGGAUUGCAUCCCAUUUUAAUUCUUUAUUUCUUACCUUCUUUAUUUGGUCAUUUUUUUGUGACUUGUAAAUGGUAGAUUAGUUUAUAACUAUAUUCUAUGGUAUCAGCUCUCCUCUAUUGGAGAUUUGGUAUUUGUUGUACCUUUAGAGAAAAAGUUUAAAGGGAAAUUCUAGGCUGCUUGUGUGGGUAAA